UUUCAAGUUGAAAGAAUUACUAAGUAGUUGUAUACCGAUUAUUUCAGACGUUUUAUCAGGAAAUUCAGAUCCGAUUAAUACAAUUGGUGUAACAAGUACACACAUCCCUGCUUAUGACCGAGAACGGGACUUGACUGUCGGAGUUGGUGGGAAAUUUUCACUUGAAAUAUUUAAAGCAAUACCCAGUUUGAAGGCAGAUGCAACUGCAGCUGGUGGAAUAUCAAUAAAGAUAAAAACUGGUGGAUUUACCUUGAAGAAUAUUGAUGAAAGUGCUUUCGAAAAAGCUAUGAGAGGGCGGACUGUGGAAAAACAUCAUGCAUUCAUCAAAGCAUUUUUUAAGAAACCAAGAUGUCGUUUUUCUGUGAUAACAACAGUUUUAGAAACAGUUCACGAAACAGUAAUUGAGUGCUCCAGUAAACACGGUGGCCACGCAGCUAUAGAUGCAAAGAUUGGGACACAGGGCGGUUCUCUCAACGUUGAUGUAAGUAGUAGUAAAACCGGAACACUGACAUUGGAUGCAGGAACUGUUUUGGCAUGUCAAUGGCAACUUAUGAAUGUUGACAAAACUACCGGGGAAAUUUUUCCAGAUUAUCAGCUCUCUAGGCGUUCAAAUGAUUCUUUUAACAUCCCAGUGGUAUUACAGGCUGCAGUUCUUCCAGAACCGGAAGGAGACGUAAUCGAGGUUUUCAAAAACAUAAAAUGGAGACUGUCUGAUCUAAACUGUGUUGGCGAAGAUAUUAUCUCAGAGUUUAGGACUGCAGUUUGUAAUGUUAUGAACAGUUCCAGUGAUAUACAAGCUCUAUUAGAUCUGUGUGACGAUAUGGAUGGUGAUCUACAGGCAUUUAGAAAUCAGUUGCAAAACAGUGACGCAUGCUGGUCACUUUUAGAACUUAUUGGUUAUAAACUUCAAGACAAUAACAUUGUUAUAACGUCUGACGGGCCAUUCUGCAAGUUAAUGCCAGCGGUGUUGGAGUCUUUGUCAUUGUUUGAUGUUGAAGACCUAGAAAUUAUCAGAAAAUGUGAUGCCUACCAGAAGAAAGAAAUCUUACGUAUUAUUAUAGCAGCUAUGAAUAAUCAGACAUCUAUAACAAUUGAUUCAAACUUGAUACAACAGAUACAAAAGGAACCAGUUGAAAAUGUUUUUGCAGUCAUGGACUUCGAAAUUGAUUUGUUAAAGGGAGAAGUUUCGCCUCCAAAGAAAUCAUGCGUACUUGAAGCUAUGUUUUAUCUUCUUAAAUGCUUGUAGAGCUGUUGAGGAAGUCAUAUCGCAUAAAUCACCGAUCCUUAUUUUUUUGGGGAAAAAGCGGUGGCAUUGGUUUCUUUCUCUAUAGAAAAACAAAUGUUGUUCAACAUUAUAAAAUAACAUCAUUGUUUUCAGUAACAUACGCAAACAAGAUUUAUUUCGUUAAAAAUACAUAUUUUUUUUACUACACUUCUGAAAAAUCUAUGUUUUUCAAGACAUUUAAAAUAAUGUAAUAACAAAAAUGUCCAUUCAAACGUUUAAUGUUCGUUGCCUAAUUUUACAUGUUAAAUUGUGAUUACAAACUAUAUGAAAUGUAUAUAAACGCAUAAAUGUCUUCAUUAUUUCAAUUGCAUCUCAUCUUAUUACUUAUUAUUAUUUAGUUAUUUAAGUUGCAAGAUACCAAAACUAAAACAUCAAUCAUAGGAUGAAGUACAAAGUCAACCUUUGUUUAGGAAUAGAGGGAAAUUAUAUGUUUUAAGCUUUGCAAAAAGUCGACACAAAAUAUGUGGGAGGAAAACGAAAAUGCUUUUAGAAAUAGUGCUUUUGUGUUCAAUAAAUUGUUAGAUAGAAGAACCUGGAUAUCGGAAUUUGCUAAAAUAAAAUCAUCCAUAUCAUUGUACUUUAACUAUAUUUUAAAACAAAAUAAUUGUUAAAAAAACAGUAAUUAUUCUCCAUCUCAGAACCAUGUAUCAUCUUGAAAAGGGGAGCACCUGUUAAAAAUCGUUAUCUUUUGUUAAAAGAUAUACAGACAACAUUACGCAACAAUUCGGGGCGAUCAUGUGAACUAAAAUGGCAUAUACAUUAUCAAAGAGAAAUAAUUUGGCAUGUUAUGGAAAGUUUUACAAAUUAAUUUUACACUUUUAUGAGAAAAGCCAAAAAAACUUGUGUUUUUUUUUUUGCGAAUUGUACACAUAUAAAUGAUGUAUGGUUAGUCAUUUUGAGAAAAUCAAUUAUUGCAAAACUAUAAAACAAAAAUCUGAGGAAUCAAAUAUUUUAGGUGUUGUAAAUGAAUCGCGUGGAUUGAAUGUAAUUGUAAAUACGGUCUUGUAAACAAGAAACAUUUUAAUUUGGAAAAAAGGAGCGUUCAAAAGUACAAAAAGAAAAACACGACAAAACAAAAUAUUGUGAAACUUAUUCUUAAGGAAUCAAAUUAUAUACGAAAAUAUUUCGAAUGGUAAACAUAAAAAACUGUCGUUUUACGAACAUAGUUAAUGUUUUAACUUUUAACUAACUAUACUCUUAUAAUUUUGUAUUUGUUUAUACUUUAUAUAUUCAAUGUAUAAUUUUUCGUUAUUCUAAUGACUUAUUAUUUGGCUCUUAACCCUGAUUGAUUAAUUAGUUCAGCUCGUAUUAACCUUAUCUUAAUUUAUCUAUUUAUAAAAAAACUAUAUACUACUAAUUUUUAUUAUUGCACUUACGGUUACAUAUGUCCAUAAUUUACUAUAAAUACUCACCACUAGCAGCACAUUGAUAUCUAUAAUCCUGAAGAAUAUAAUCCUCACGCUUUCUAUUGUUGUAUAUUUGCAGAUAAUCCAUGUAUAUGUAAGAGAAUGAUAAUCCCUUUCUUCAUGAAUAAGUACGAGCGUUAGCGAGUACUUAUCAUGAAGUAAGGGAUUAUCAUUCUCUUACAAACUUAGAAUAUUAUAAAGUGCUCAAGGCUCAAAUGAUCUCUUCAAGAAGUAGUUUCAUUGUCAGUGCAAUGUUUAUAAUUGAUGCAUGAAAUCCUUUUUCGGCAUGUCAUUUAUGGAUAAGUUUUAGUGAUGUGAGGACUUUCUUAUCAUUUGGGAAAUAUUUUUUUUUUUAAAAUGCGUAAUAGAUAUUAGGUGACACAACAGUAGAAAGAAAAGGUAGGAAUUGUAUGUUUCCUGAUUGUGAGUAUGAAUGUAAAUCAUGUAAUAUUUUAGUGAGGAAUUAUCCUUUUUUAUUUACAGUUUAAAUCAAUUAAUAUAUUUGAGUUACAACUAAAUUUUAUUUCACAGCCAAUAAUUUGGUCCGGCUUUUUACAUCAAAUACUGUUUCAUUAUGUCAGGGUAAUGUUCAAAAAUUAAUGCCCUUAAAAGUUUUUAAUAUGUUCAAAAUUAAAUUCCUGUUUUUUUUUCGGAAUACAUGUAUUGGAAAUAACUAUUCUUCCCAACCGCUGAUCAAGUAAUCAAAGUUUUGGAAAGCUAAACGAUUUAGGUUAUUUUUUAUCUGAAAGAUUUUUUUUUCUUUUUUUUUUUGCAUUGCUUUGGUAUUGUUUGAUUUUAUAGUAAUUUGAAGUUAUUAAUAUUUUCAUAAUAAAAUUCACGGUACCAAUUUUACUGCACCAGUAAACUUCAAAUUGUUUUGAGAUUUUUGUUUGUUUCACAAUUCAACUUUUAGUCAGUUUCAAUCACUGUGUGAUAAAUCCUUUCAAUCUGAUAAAUGUGCUUCGGGGCAGUUGUAACUCAUUUAUAGAAACUCUUUGUUUUGAACUGAAAAUAGACCCAAAUAAUAGGAUAAUCCCUUACUAAGAACCUGAUUUACAUUCAUUCUUCACAAUUAAGAGGCAUCCAAUUCUACAAUUUCAUUGGUCGAGAGUACUUUGCUAUAUUCUAAGUCUAUAAAAUUAUUUAGAAAAAAACAAUUACACUUUUCUAUGAUACACGUGCACGUGCUAGUAAUCCUUUGAACGGUGGGGUUUGCUUAUAUUGAUCUGUUGUGAUUUACACUUGAGUUUUUAAGCGUAACACGAAGUAUUUAAAUUUGGAUAAAUCAAUUAUGUAUCUAUUUCAAAUGUGUUGGAAAAGGUGAUAUAUUGGAGUAAAAUUUAAUUUUAAUUUUUUUUAGAUUUUGUUAUCAUUGAAAUAUGCCAUUUGUUUCCCUCGACAAAUGCAGAAUGUAAGAAAACAGGUCUCCUUAAAUCUGCUUUCGUGGGUUAAUUAGGGAUAUUACAUAACAGAGGAAAUUUGAAUAAAACGAUUUAUCAAUUUAAAAAAAAAUAUAUAAAACCAAUAAAAGCUUAAAAGCUUAUCGUUAGAAUCGCGGAUAUUUCCAGUUACAGACUUUUCAGACCUAGCUGUUCAUAUUGGAAAAGAUGAAAUGGAGAAAGAUCCUUUAAUUCUACCAAAACUUUUGAUUUUUUUUAACCCAGUAUACCACCAUUUCCCACGUGAAAUUGAAAAAUCGUCUAAAAGAAAUUAUCCACAAUGCUUUUCAAUGUAAAAAUGGUAGCAUACGCUUUAAAUUUAUUACUUUGGGAUACCAUUCGGCAUAUUAAUUAAUAGUGAAUAAAAAGGUAAAACAUGCUA